AGCUAACGGCCGCUAGCUAGCCAUGCAGCUAGCAUUUGCCCAAAGUGGUUUAGCGAUAACAACAGACUUACAACUGUGCCGAUCUUUUCCUUGGCCGGGCCAGCGUAGAGAUUUGCCCUCUGAGUGACUGUGUGUCCCCGCAGCACAGGAGCAGCACGGCUGGCGAUGGUCCUCAGGAGCCCCGACAUGUUUAUCUGCUACGGUGAAGAGAUGUCUUCUCUCGACUGAAGAAGAUGAGAUAGUGUGAAGAGGAAGUGGAUUAUGCAAAGGUCCUUUCUCUUCUUCUCCGCCUAACAGGAGAUUACUAGCGGGUCGUGGUCGUAGUGCCUCCUACUGUCCCGGAUGUUGAUGUACAUGGAUGGCGAAAAUGGGGAUUGACUCUGGAGUCAAUAUUUCAGGUGAUGUUGCACCUUACGGGGGGAAAAGUGCCUUUACCCAACUGGAGCACAACAUAGUGGCUGGAUAUCUUAUAACCGCAGGUGUCAUAAGUUUAUCGAGCAACAUUGUGGUGCUGCUAAUGUUUGUGAAGUAUAAGGAGCUGCGCACUGCCACCAACUUUAUUAUAAUCAACCUGGCUUUUACCGACAUCGGAGUGGCAGGUAUCGGCUACCCCAUGUCAGCCGCCUCAGACAUCCACGGCAGCUGGAAAUUUGGCCACACUGGGUGUCAGAUCUAUGCAGCUCUCAACAUCUUUUUUGGCAUGGCCAGCAUCGGCCUGCUGACUGUGGUGGCCAUCGACCGCUACCUCACUAUCUGCAGACCAGACAUAGGGCAGAAAAUGACGAUGCGAUCGUACAACCUUGUUAUUCUGGCAGCAUGGCUGAACGCUGUGUUCUGGUCCUGCAUGCCUAUAGUGGGCUGGUCUGGUUAUGCCCCCGACCCCACUGGAGCUACAUGCACCAUCAACUGGAGACAAAAUGAUGCCUCCUUCGUCUCUUACACCAUGGCUGUAAUUGCUGUGAACUUUGUGUUGCCUCUGUUCGUCAUGUUUUACUGCUACUACAAUGUGUCCGUCACUGCGAAGAGAUACAAAGCCAGCAACUGCCUGGACAGCAUCAACAUUGACUGGUCCGAUCAGAUGGAUGUCACCAAGAUGUCCAUGGUAAUGAUUGUCAUGUUCCUGGUGGCCUGGUCUCCGUACUCCAUCGUGUGUCUUUGGGCAUCAUUUGGUGACCCCAAGACCAUCCCUGCCCCCAUGGCCAUCAUCGCUCCACUCUUUGCCAAGUCCUCCACCUUUUACAACCCCUGCAUUUAUGUUGCUGCCAACAAAAAGUUCAGAAGAGCCAUCAUUGGGAUGAUCCGAUGUCAAACCAGGCAGAGAAUCACCAUCAAUACUCAGGUUCCCAUGACAACCUCCCAACAACCCCUGACCCAGUGA